AUGCUUUACGUUCACGCAGUAUCGAUCAAUGCCACGGUUAUCAAGCUAAAAAUUAUCUUUUCAUCGAUGAUAUUAUUUAGGACUUUCAAACAAUCUAUACCGUAGAUAAGUACCUGCCACCGGAAUCCUUUCUAACUUCUAUAGAUGGCUUGUCGGCUUUCCAAUUGUCUCAUUUGAUGAAACUACAUGUAGACAGUCGUCAUUGGGAUAUUCAAAAAUUCCUCGAUGGAUUCACAUACAGUUUACCAGAUGAAGACAAAAAAGGGGUUCGUUCCAGUAUUAACUAAAACCUUUUUAUAAAUUCAGGCUACGAACUUCAUAAUAUUGAUCAACACACUGUACUGUAUGUCGAACAGGAUCAUUCCUCGCAAGAUAUAA